GAAGUUGGCUCCGUCACCGGGGUGUCUCCUCUCGCUCGUGUGCGAGUGUCAACACGGGCAUUCUGGACGGAACCAGUUGGUCUCUGCAGGUGGAAGAAAGAAGGAAACCAACAUGGCAGAGAGCUGCGACACCAGCCGAACUCUGGCGGACUGAGAGCUCCCGGGGCCCGUGGACUCUCCGAACGAGGCUUCCUGUCGUCGUUGUUACUUCCGGUGACAGAGGAGCUGGCGAGCAGCCCCGGACGGGGACCGGCAGCUAACGGUUCUACUCUGUCACGCAAAAUAAAAGAGGUGUCCGGAGCAGCUCAAGGGCGAAUACGACGUGUUGCGUUCACGUGACCGCAGCCGGAGUCGGACAUCCCGCAACGCUCGACCACGACCUCGUCGUUCUGCAUCACUUGUCAUCGUGCACACAUCUACGACGAUGCGUCUUGCGUCGACAUAGUUAAUUGGACGGCGGUUACGCCCGGGUUAGUAAGGAGGAGGGAUGCCGGUGGAGAGCGGCACCAGCGCCGCAGCCCGUCAGGCCAAGCAGAAGAGGAAGUCGCACAGCCUGUCCAUCCGCAGGACCAACAGCACCGAGCAGGACCGGUCCGGCCUGCAGAGAGAGAUGCUCGAGGGACAGGACUCCAAACUGCCUCUGUCUCUGAGGAGCAAUCUGCUGGACAUGUUCAGCCAGAUCGAGAGGGAGUUUGAAAACCUCUACAUCGAAAACCUGGAGCUACGGCGAGAAAUCGAGACGCUGAACGACCGGUUGGCUGCCGACGGACAGACGUUCGAGGGGGCGGAUUUGGCCAAAGGAGCUCUGAAAACUAAAGCGAGUCACAGCACGAGUCAGCUGUCACAGAAACUGAAGACGACCUACAAGGCUUCCACAAGCAAGAUCGUCUCCAGUUUCAAGGCGACCACGUCCAGAGCCGUGUGCCAGCUGGUCAGGGAGUAUGUCGGCCACAGAGACGGCAUCUGGGACCUGGGCGUCACCAGGACUCAGCCCGUGGUGCUGGGAACAGCGUCUGCAGACCACACUGCGAUGUUGUGGAGCAUUGAAACUGGGAAGUGCCUCCUCAAGUAUUUGGGCCAUCAAGGAUCAGUCAACUCCAUCAAGUUCCACCCCACCGAGCAGAUGGCUCUGACAGCCUCUGGAGACCAGACGGCUCACGUCUGGAGGUACAUGGUGCAGCUGCCGACGCCGCAGCCUGUCGCCGACAUGAGUACGCCCUGCGAGGACGACGUGGACUUCUCGGACAAGGACGAGGCCGACGGCGAAGUGGAGGGUCCGAACGACUGUCCCUCCGUCCGCGUGGCGACCACGACCCUGCGCAGCCACCAGGGAGUGGUGAUCGCUGCCGAUUGGCUGGUGGGAGGCAAACAGGUGGUGACGGCCUCCUGGGAUCGAGCCGCCAACCUGUACGACGUGGAGACGUCGGAGCUGGUUCACUCCCUCACUGGCCACGACCAGGAGCUGACCCACUGCUGCACACACCCCACCCAACGUCUGGUGGUCACCUCCUCCAGAGACACCACCUUCAGACUGUGGGACUUCAGAGACCCGUCCAUCCACUCCGUCAACGUGUUCCAGGGACACACCGACACAGUGACGUCGGCCGUGUUCACGGUGGGAGACAACGUGGUGUCAGGCAGCGACGACCGGACCGUCAAAGUGUGGGACCUGAAGAACAUGAGGUCGCCCAUAGCAACCAUCCGCACGGACUCUGCUGUCAACAGGAUCAGCGUGUCGGUGAACCAGAGGAUCAUCGCGCUCCCUCACGACAAUCGGCAGGUCCGGCUGUUCGACAUGUCCGGGGUGCGGCUGGCUCGACUCCCGCGCAGCAACAGACAGGGUCACCGGCGCAUGGUGUGCUGCUCCGCCUGGUGUGAAGACAACGCCUCCUGCAACCUGUUCACCUGCGGCUUCGACCGGCAGGCGAUCGGCUGGAACAUCAACAUCCCCGCCCUGCUGCAGGAGAAGUGACGCCCUCCUCCUGUGACCUCACAGUGACGCUCCACACAGAGCACCGUGAGCUGUAGCCUUACGAGGCGGCUGUACAGAGGUUUAGUCUUCCGCCCUCCGUUCGUUUUGUCUGUGAAAUUGUUCUCAGCGCGGACUCUUUGACAGCCGCCCUCUCGAGCCUACAGAUUCUCGGAGCUCCCCGCGGGGACCGGAGGACACGAAGGGUUUGCACUAGCUGUCUACUGCAUCACCACCAUCAGUAUAUACACAGGACACGUGAACCAUCCAUGAGAAAAGAAAGCACAGAGAUAUUAACACAAGAGCUACAUGUCUGCUCGACGCUGGUUUCACCUGUAACAUGAUGCUUCAAAGGAAAAAAUCCACUGGUUUUACAUUAUUAGUUUUUUUUUGUGUCCAGUGGAUUUCAGGAGUUAACCUCGAUACAUUUACUGACUUCCACCACUUCUGGUCCAAACCAAACCGGACCGGACAGCUUCAUUCUUAUUAAUAUGUUUAGUCUUUGGUCCGUCCUCGCUCUGGUUUCCGUGCAAUGAUGCUGUCGAGUUUCGUCAACUGGACAAAGACUUUAUUUUAAAACCAGUACAGGUCCGAUUGUUUUAAUGUUUUCAUUCCAGAAUGUUUUGUGUGGCAUCUGAGAUUCAUAGCUUAACAUGGAUAAUACACAUUAGACCAACCUUUAAAACUUCUUGUCAGAUGA